GAGCUUCCUCUACAAAUAAGCACCUAGCCGCGCUCCAACGGACUGGUCGAUAAAGCUAACCUUUAAUUAAUUUUGACGUUAUAUUCGCUAUAUUAAAAAACAACUUCACCCAUCUAUCUUGUUACUAUUAUAUUACAUAAGAUACAAUGUCUUCCAGCGGUGAUGAGCAGCAGCAACAGCAGCAACAGCAGCCUCAGAGGCGGCAGGCGGCGACUCAGGAGACAGACCACUCGGAUAUUUCAGACCAUGCAUCUGAAACAUCGCGACCGCCUCGCACUCGUCGCCGCAACCGACGUCGCCCCGGGUCGGUGCAACCACUCCAACAGCAAGAUGACCAGCAGAUGCUUCAACAGAGGCAGCAGCAACAGAUGAUGCAGCAACAGCAACAACAGCAGAUGAUGCAGCAGCCGCAAGGUGGCAGUGAGAGCAAGUCGGACACCCUCAAGCUGCGUCUCGACCUUAACCUCGAGGUGGAGGUAACGCUCAAGGCUCGCAUCCACGGCGAUCUGACCUUGGCAUUGCUGGACACUUAGAAUAUCCGAAAACAACACGGCACGAAUAUCAUGACGUUUAAUGAGGAUACUCUAUGUAAUAAACGGGAGAAAGAUGUGUUUCCAUAAAAAUGAAACCAGAAAGAGUUGAUGGCGGUGUUGUCGAAUUGGUAAUAAUGUUAGAGGCACCUGGAACAUGGAUUGCGUUAUUUCUGUCCUUGUUGUCGUAAAAAGGUAUAUGUAUUACGGCUGGAAUUAGGUUGUUGGCGUGAUGAUUUGGAAUAGGGACCUUUUAUUAAAUAUAAGCAUGUAAUUGAGUAUGAUUCAAAAUAUAAAUCCUGCCUACUUUAAUACUAUAUACU